AUGGCUAUUAAAUACGUGUUUUUGUUAGCUCUGGCAUGUGUUUGUGUGCACGGAAAAUCGAUAUAUAAAAUAUGCGUUCCCGCUCAAUACCUACAAGCGUGUCAGGAGAUGCUAGAAGUACCCACCAAAUCCAAAGCGCAACUAAAAUGUAUAGCGGCCAGAGAUAGGGUUGAAUGCUUGAACUACGUGCAACAGAGACAAGCGGAUAUCGUACCAGUAGAUCCGGAAGACAUGUAUGUCGCUUCUAAGAUACCCAAUGAGGACUUCGUCGUGAUACAGGAAUACAGAACUAAGGAUGAACCUGAUGCUCCAUUUAGAUACGAAGCCGUGAUCGUAGUACACAAUGAUCUUCCUGUCAAUAAUUUGGAUCAACUGAAAGGUCUGAAGUCUUGUCAUACUGGUGUUAACAGAAAUGUAGGCUAUAAGAUUCCCUUAACGAUGUUGAUGAAACGCGCUGUGUUCCCGAAAAUGAACGACCACAGCAUUUCUCCAAAAGAGAAUGAACUCAAAGCUCUUUCUUCGUUCUUCUCACAGUCAUGUAUCGUCGGAAAGUGGUCACCAGAUCCAAAAACUAAUUCUGCAUGGAAGAGCCAGUACAGACAGUUAUGUUCUCUAUGUGAGCAUCCCGACAAAUGUGACUAUCCGGACAAUUACAGUGGCUAUGAAGGAGCUUUAAGGUGUCUAGCCCUCAAUGGCGGUCAAGUGGCGUUUACAAAAGUCAUUUAUGUACGGAAGUUCUUUGGGCUACCAGUAGGCACGAUACCAGCUGGAACUGCCGAACAAAGUCCUGAUGGAUACAGUUACCUUUGCGUCGAUGGUACUAAAGUUCCUGUACGUGAGAAGGCCUGCUCCUGGGCCGCUCGGCCUUGGCAAGGUAUCUUGGCUCACAAUGAUGUACUAGCCCAGUUGACUCCGUUGCGGGAAAAGAUUAAGCAACUGGCUGAAGCAGGCACCAGCAGCAAGCCGAAAUGGUUUACCGGAGUGCUGGGCUUAUCAGAAAAGAUUUACCACGUAGCCGACAACAUUCCUAUAAGACCAAUGGACUACUUAAACAAGGCCAACUACACUGAGGUCAUCGAAAGAGGCCACGGACCUCCAGAAACGGUUGUCAGGUUAUGCGUGACGUCUAACGUGGCGCUCGCUAAAUGCCGUGCGAUGUCGGUAUUCGCCUUCAGCAGAGAUAUUAGGCCGAGGCUUGACUGUGUCCAGGAGGCUUCUGAUACCGACUGCCUUAAGAGCGUCCAAGACAACGGCUCAGAUUUGGCGAGCGUUGACGAUAUGAAUGUAGCUGCUGCAGCCAAGAUAUAUAACCUGCAUCCUGUGUUCCAUGAAGUGUACGGCGACGAUAAGACAAACAACUAUGCUGUAGCUGUAGUGAAGAAGGGCACUUCGUAUACCAAGAUGGAAGAUUUGAGGGGGAAAAGAUCCUGCCACAAUAGUUACGGAACAUUCAGCGGGCUGGUCGCUCCUUUGUACUACCUCAUCAAUAAGAAUUUAAUCGGUCAUGACCAGUGCAUCAAAAACUUCGGCGAUUUCUUCUCGGGUGGCUCCUGUUUGCCCGGAGUCGAUAAGUUGGAAAAUAAUCCAAAAGGUGAUGACGUGUCAAAGUUGAAGAAGCAAUGCUCCGACGACAGCAAUCCAUCGAAGUGUCUCCAAGAAGACCGCGGCGACAUCGCUUUUGUUGCAAGUGCCGAUCUAUCCUCCUUUGACAGUUCAAAGUACGAGCUCCUUUGUCUGAACCGUGACGCAGGAGGCAGAGACUCCUUCGCAAACAAUGCGACUUGCAACAUAGUUAAAUCUCCCUCUCGCACUUGGCUGGCCGCCAAGGACUUCCUCUCAGAUGUAUCCAUAGCGCACACACCCUUAAGCUUGGCACAGCUCUUAGAUACAAGGACUGACCUGUUCAAUAUCUACGGAGAAUUCUUGAAGAAUAAUAAUGUCAUAUUCAAUAAUGCUGCUAAAGGUUUAGCCACAACUGAAAAAUUGGACUUUGAGAAAUUUAAGCAGAUUCAUGACGUCAUUAAAGGGUGUGCCGCCGCCUAA